AUUCUUAGAUCACCUCCCAUAUAUCACUACGCACAGUGGCACACAUAAGGAUUGUCCUAAACUUGUUCUACAUUUUACAUUCAUCUCUGUGCUUCAAUUUCUCUAGUUUGUUUCUCAGUUUGUAACAUACUUAAUCUUUCUCCUCGCGGAACAGAAGAUUCGUAAAUGGCUUCAAGUCAAGUUAAUAGUAAACUUCCUUCCAGCGACAAUCACUAUGAUGGAAUGAGCAUGGAAGAUCAGAACAUCCUUCAGAAGCACGUCGCUUUUUUUGAUCAAAAUAACGACGGAAUCGUCUAUCCUUGGGAGACCUUUAAAGGUUUUCGGGAAAUUGGCUGUGGCGUUCUCUUGUCCUCUGUUGCUGCAGUUUUCAUCAACACUGGACUCAGCGGCAAAACUCGUCCUGGAAGAUGCCCUUCUCUGCUCUUCCCCAUCGAGAUAAAGAAUAUUCAGAAAGCCAAGCAUGGAAGCGACACCGGUGUCUAUGACUCUAACGGAAGGUUUAUCGCAUCACGAUUUGAAGAGCUAUUCAGGAAGCAUGCACGCACAAAUCCAGCUUACUUAACAUCAGAUGAACUGAUGGGGAUGCUUAAAGAGAACAGAGACCCGAAAGAUUAUGUUGGAUGGGUGGCGAGUUACUCGGAAUGGAAGAUAUUGUACAUGCUAUGCAAGGACAACAAUGGUGUUUUGACAAAAGAUACUGUUAGAGCUGUUUAUGAUGGAAGCUUGUUUGAGCAGAUGGCCAAGGACAAAGCAGCAGCUUCAUCUCGAAAAAGAACCUAGUUUGUGUAAACUGAUAUCAUGGCUAUUGCUUAAUUAUACUUUCAAGUUAGAGAUUGCGAUAUCUCAAAUAAGUAUGGAGUUGAUGUUUCUCCUAUGUAAAGGCUUAGGAAGAAAAGCUUAAGCAGGUGUGACUAUGAGUACUAGUUUUCGAAUGUUGAAUAUUCGUUAAGCUGUGGCUUGCUAGCAAAACAUUCGACAUCAAAAAUUAUUUGUAAUAAUGCGUGGAGGUGAUUUUGCUUA